UCCAGUGAUUAAUCUAGAUAUUACUUUUCGCGUUUGCUUUACCGCUGCACCGUUGCAUUGCCGAAGGUAGUCGUAACCGCGUAAAUGUUAACCUAGAAAUGUGUAAUUAAUCGAUAUUUAAAAGUCACAAGCGAGGACGAGUACCGAAUAUCGCGAGGACCCUGGAACAUACAUAAGUCGUUUCAGGAACGUCCAAGAUACGUCGCGACGUCACGAAUGGAGACCCAUCCAUUUGAGGUUAUGCUGGCGAAGGCUCGAAAAUAUUUUUGACAGAUUCGUUGAGCGAGCGAUCCCUACAUCGCGAUCGCUGGUGCUGGUCUGUGCUCGGCGUUUCGAAGAGGUUAGGGAUCUCCGGUGGUGCAUUCCGGUGAACCCGGACAACGCGCCACGCGCCCUCGCCAUUAUGAGCAAAAUGUACUCGACUGCAAAUCUGACGGACAAAGAGCUGAAGGAGCAAGGGAAUCGUUUUUUUAAUCUUCACAAAUACGAGGAUGCAGCCAGUUGUUAUACAAAGGCUAUUAUAAAAAACCCAACGACGGCAACUUAUUUUACGAAUCGAGCCCUCUGUCAUUUGAAACUCAAGCGAUGGGAGUCUACCUGUCAGGACUGUCGACGAGCCCUCGACAUGGAGCCUUGUCUGGUGAAGGGUCAUUUCUUUCUUGGACUUUCACUUCUCGAACUUGAGCUUUUCGACGAAGCUGUCAAGCACUUACAACGUGCGGUCGAUCUGGCAAAGGAGCAGAAACUGAAUUAUGGGGAUGACAUGACGAGCGUUUUGAGACAGGCGCGUAAACGUAGAUUCCAACUAAGGGAGGAACAAAGAAUCGCCCAAGAUAUCGAGCUUCAGACUUACUUGAAUCAAUUGAUUGCCGAGGAUGCGGAGAAAAACCUCGCGAGUUUGUCAGAACCAGAAGGAGAACCCAUUGGGAAGGAGGGAUCGGCGGAUGCCGAUCUGAUUCGUCGUAAAGAGGAAAUCGAGGAAAAGAAAGAAACCUGCAUAGCUCAACUUAAUGAUCUGUUUGCUAAAGUGGAUGAUAGGAGACGAAAAAGAGACGUACCCGACUACCUCUGUGGCAAGAUCAGCUUCGAGAUAUUACAAGAGCCAGUAAUCACUCCGAGUGGGAUCACGUACGAACGUAAAGAUAUCGAAGAGCAUCUCCAGAGGGUGGGUCACUUCGAUCCCGUGACGAGAGUUCGCCUGACGCAAGAUCAACUGAUACCAAAUCUGGCUAUGAAAGAAGUAGUAGACUCCUUUUUGCAGGAAAAUGAGUGGGCACUGGACUAUUGAGCUCUUGAGCAGUACUGUAUAUUACACCUCAGGGUGUGCCAAGGAACAGAUGUUUUCUCCCUACCUCUGAUCUCGAAAACAAAAAUUAUCCUUUACGUUAAACCACCUCUCGGUAGCUCAGUUUUGUGACAAUUGAUUCAGUUAGAUACAUUUCGUUUCGUUAUAAGAUUAGAGCAGUAUCCGGAAAUUCAUCAAAGGCCACGCCUCGAUAGUUUACAUUGCCCAGAUCACCACGAGAGUUUUAAAGACCGUUAGAUUAGGUCAGCCUAAAACUCGUGAUUCUUCGUCCUUUUGCAAAACCGCACGCGGAUUUUUACGAUCCGCGGUAGAGAAAGAUAAAGGAGUGAUACAAAAAAAAAAAAUAGGAAACAGCUGUAAUUAUUAAUCAAGAAAGAAGAGGAGACGAGUCAUGCAACUCGGAGAUCCUUUAUAGGAUAUGGACUGUGCACAAGUGAUUGCAUGCGAGAGAUCCAAUGUUUUCCGGACAUGUAUGUACGUGUCGCUUUUUCACAAAUUAUAAAAUAAAAUUAGUUAUUUUAAGAUGAAGGAAGUAGGAAACAUAGGACUCGCGUGUCCGAGAUCACGCCAGACAAGUCUUUUAACGCGUUAAAGUAAAGGUUAACCGUUCAGAUAUGUAAUCUCAGGGGACACCGGUUAGUGACGAAUACAGAGAAAUAUGACCGACAUGUGCUCGGGUGUAGAGAUUGUAGAUUCGAAUGUCCUAUCUGAAACCGAAUUGUAUAUUCGGUUACUUUACCUUUUAUCUACCCCAUUGUCUUUUUCUCGCUUGUAUGGUACGCAUUAUUCUUUACCUGUCACUCGCUCGUGCAUUAAUAAUGAUUUGUUCGACAUUUUACCAUUACAAGUUUACCAUUUUGUAUGCCUUAUCAGACGCGAGAAAUAUGAAAAAAUAAUUUCUUUUGUUAAUAAAUAAACCACGGUUAUCUGUA